AUCUUCCCCUGCUGAAUUUUCUUCACUUACACCCCUCUUUCCCUACACCUAUUUCUUUUAAACCAUGUCUCACACAACUCAAAACAUGUCCCAAGAAGAGCUUAUUGCUUCAAAUGCAGAAUUAAAGGCUCAAGUUGAAUACUUGGCAAAAGAAGUGGCAAAGCUCACUAAAUUCAAGAUGAGUAUGGUUCAAACUCCUGAAGAAAGUGAAGAUGAAGAUGAUGCUAGUUCUGUUGCUACCAUAAGAACUAGAAAUCCAGAGAAGUCAGCCUCUGAUUUCAAGGUAGACAUGCCCAGUUUUGAAGGAAAGAACGACCCUGAUGACUUUCUUGAAUGGUUAGAGACCGUUGAACGUGUCUUUGAUUUCAAGAAUGCGUCCAAAGGGAAGAAGGUCAAACUCGUGGCCUUAAAGUUCAGAAAGUAUGCAACAUGGUGGACCAACGUCACCAUUAGGCGUAGAAGAGAAAACAAGUCCCCGGUGACCACGUGGAACAAGAUGCGAACACUCUUGAAGAAGAAGUUUCUGCCCGAGAACUACAUACAAGAAAACUUUGCUAAGCUUCAACACUUGAAGCAAGGCCCUCGUUCUGUAGAGGAAUACAACCGAGAGUUCGAGGAACUCUUAUUAAGAGACAAUCGACUAUCUGGUUCCUCAGAACAUUCCCCGUUCUGUAUCAAACCCUAUUAAUCGAUUAUCAGUAAGAGAUAAUCGAUUAUCUGCUUGGGCUAAAAAAUACUCCCUCCGUCCCGCUAUAUUCGUCCACUUUUGACUUUUGGAACUGUUCAUCUAAGCACUUUGACUCAUCAAAUUCUCUCAAUGUGUAAGCCUAAAUAUAGUCAUGUGUGAUCUUGUUUGAUUUGUCUUAACAUAUAGAUUAUUAAUAUAUAAUUUCUAUAAUUUUUUAAUAUACAAAUUACAAGAUAAAAUGAAUUAAAGAAGUGUAUUGGAU